GUGGGGAAUGAGUCUUGCUGUGUAUGGCUGAGAAAGUGCUUUGGAUCGGUGGCUGUAAGGUGCUAUAAGGAAGACAGUUUCACGCCAACAAGCUGCUGCAGGGAAGGUUGGCUGGAGCUGUCUCCUCUGCAGGUGACCGGCGUGGCUACUGGAGACUGAACGGCCUGUUGGAGCUGUGCCCGCCCCGUAGGACAGCAGUGAACAUGUCUCAGAAGAGAAGGAACCGGCAGGCACGUGACGCGGAGAAGAUCACGGCCAGUCCUGCUGGCAGCGGGGAUGCAGCGAGGACUGGAGCUGCUGCAGCACCCCGGGGGCAGCUGAAAGGCAAACGGAAGGUCCUGGCAGAGCCCAGUGGGGCGGAGAUGUUGACCGUGGAUAAGAGGAGGAGGGAAGGGGAGGUGGCAGAGGGGGGAGGAGCUGGGAGCCUGGGGGAAGCCGUGAGGCAGGCGCGGCUGCGAUUUGCCCCCUCUGUGCAGGACUUCAAGUACAACAAGAAGCGAGUGCGCCUGGUCUCGCAGGACUCUUACCUCAAGGAUGCCGCCAAAGGUGUUGUGUACUGGAUGUCUCGAGACCAGAGGGUGCAAGAUAACUGGGCUUUCCUGUACGCUCAGCGCCUGGCCCUGAAGCAGCAGCUCCCUCUGCACGUCUGCUUCUGCCUGGUGCCCAAGUUUUUGGAGGCCACCAUCCGUCACUUCGGCUUCAUGCUGAAAGGCCUGCAAGAAGUGGCCGAGGAGUGCCAGGAGCUGGACAUCCCCUUCCACCUGCUCAUCGGCUUUGCCAAGGAUGUGCUGCCUGCCUUCGUGGUGGGCCGUGGCAUCGGCGGAGUGGUGACAGACUUCUCCCCGCUCCGUGUCCCCAUGCAGUGGGUGGAAGACGUCAAGGAGAGGCUCCCAGGAGAUGUGCCCUUUGUACAGGUUGAUGCACACAACAUUGUCCCAUGCUGGGUUGCCUCAGACAAGCAGGAGUACGCAGCCAGUACAAUUCGACGGAAGAUCCAUGAUCGGCUCUCGGAGUUCCUCACGGAAUUCCCUCCCGUCAUCAAGCACCCGUAUCCGUCCGCAGCCCCGGCAGAGCCCAUAGACUGGAACGCCUGCCACGCCAGCCUGCAGGUGGACUGCUCGGUGAAGGAGGUGACUUGGGCGACACCGGGGACGGCCGCGGGGCUGGCUGUGCUGGAGUCGUUCAUAGGCGAGCGGCUGAAAUCCUUCGGCACCGACCGGAACAACCCAAACAGGGCAGCACUCAGCAACCUCUCGCCGUGGUUCCACUUUGGCCAGGUCUCCGUCCAGCGGGCCAUCCUGGAGGUGCAGAAAUAUCGCAGUAAAUACAAGGAGUCGGUGGAUGGGUUCAUCGAGGAGGCGGUGGUCCGCAGGGAGCUGGCCGACAACUUCUGCUACUACAACAGGAACUACGACAAGGUGGAAGGUGCGUACAACUGGGCCAAAACCACCCUGAAGCUCCACGCCCAGGACAAGAGGUCUCACCUCUACGAGCUGAAGCAGCUGGAGGAGGGGAAGACGCACGACCCGCUCUGGAACGCUGCCCAGCUCCAGAUGGUUCACGAGGGGAAGAUGCACGGGUUCCUACGCAUGUACUGGGCCAAGAAAAUCCUGGAGUGGACCCGCUCCUCCGAGGAGGCCCUGAAGUUCGCCAUUUACCUCAAUGAUCGCUAUGAGCUGGACGGCCGGGAUCCCAACGGCUACGUAGGCUGCAUGUGGUCCAUCUGCGGGAUCCACGACCAUGGCUGGACCGAGCGGGCCGUGUUCGGGAAGAUCCGUUACAUGAACUACGCUGGCUGCAAGAGGAAAUUCAACGUGGGACAGUUCGAGCGCAGAUACGAUCCCCACCAACUGGGCCAGUAGGCUUGUGAGGGAGCAGCUCCUGCUGAAAACAGGCCUGCAGGGGCUUGUGGGGCGAGGUCUCUGCUGGGCCUUCGAACAUUUGCAUUUUCCCUGAAUACCAUUGAAAGGCCCGUGCCUCUGAGCCAAGAGCCAGCGGGGACUCGGUUGCCUUUGCCAUGGUACUGCUCAGCCUCUUGUCUACGGAUUCCCCCAAGGCAGCAGUUUGGGCGCAAUGCCGGGAGCUGUGGCAGCAAAACUCCGCUUUUCUCGAUGCCCAAAGUUCUCUCUGACACAGCCCCGGAUGUGCCACCUCCCACUACUAGCCGGGGCCAGCUGUAAAAGCUCCUUUGAUAUUUCUAGAGGGGACAGGCUCACCAGCCACCCCACCUGCUCAGGGAGGAGACACUGUGCCUUUUCCAGCGUAGCCCUUGCCUGCAGCAGGUAGACAGACCUGGUCUUAGAGCUCUGGGAUGGAAAACAGCAGCAUGUAGCUUAGCGCUUCUGGAUUGAUGGUGUGUAGAACGAGCUGCUGGCAGGCAGAGUUGGGGGAAGCUCAGAGCAAAUCCACUGCUGCUGGCAGGAGCUCAGCUUUCACGCAGAGCAGGGAAGAUGGGAGCUCCCAGGGUGAAACAUACUGACCUCAAGUGGCUGCGUUACUUCUUGGGGCUUUCCCACCCCACCCCACGCAGUAAGCAGGCAGGGUUUUCAGAGUGGCUGUUACAGACCCCGCUGCAUGUCACUGGGCUUUUGUCUUAAACCUUACAACACCCAGCCCUGGUGUCCAGGCCAUUUCUGCAGCAGCAUUUCGAUGGGCUCAGAGGAAGAUGAGACCUGGAGCUGCCCAACCCUUGUCCUAAACCUUAGCAAGCUACAGCUCAGUUCAGAGCGACGGUCCACCAGCCUGGAUCUGCUCAGACAGCCUGAGAUGCUCCAGGGAUUGGGACAGUUGGGCACUACUGGCUACCCGCAGCCACUAGUGUGGCACGAGGCCGUGAAGCAGAGGCCAGACACGGUCAGCCCAGCAUGUUUUUAUGUGUGACUGUCUCGUUUCUGGAGUGUUCCUAAGCUCUCUGCUGCAGCGUUGCACCUUUACAAAGGCGGCUCUUUCCAUGAGUGCGUCUGCCCUGACACCAGCAGUUAGGGUUCCACCCCGUCAGCGCUAACAUUACCCAGAACACUAGGGGGCACUGUUGGGUCAAAGAAAGCCAAGAACAUACCUGCACCUGCCUAUCCUGAACUGUGCAGCAUCAGGUCAGGGUUUAAUCCAACUGGAAUAUUGACUUAAAUGGUAAAUUAGAACAGCUCUUCCUGCAUCACUUGGCUUUCUGGGCUGGUCACCCAUCCACAUCAGAACCAGGCCUGAUCCUCCUUAAUAACACAACUACAGAUUGAACCUCUCUAACCCGGCACUCCCUGGUCUGGCAACAUCCUUGCUCUGGGAUAGGUGCCAACUCCAUGGGUGCUCCUGGGCUGGAGCACCCAUGGGGAAAAAUUAGUGGGUGCAGAACAUCCACUGGUGCCAAGCUCCUCCCUCUGCUCCCCUCCCUCCAUGCCUCUGGGACCAGUACCAGCCUGGGGCAGAGAGGGGUGCAGACAGGGGUAAGGCUGGAAUCACAGCUGGGGGUGGCUGCGGAGCCCUGCCAACUGAGACCCUGGGCACCAGGAGAGGGGCCUGUAACCAGGACCUCGAGCAAGGGGCUGGCAACCGGGACCUGGUGCCGGCAUUGGAGCCCCUGGGCAGGGGGCCACACUGGCUGCAAAACCUGGGGGUGUUGUAACCUAUGGAGACCCGCUGGAACUCUGCAUUGACCGCCUGCAGUUCGGCAAAUUCUCUGGUUCAGCACCGAUCAGAUCCCA